GCAUUAACAGGUUUUUUUAAUUCAGAAAUUAAAAAUCCACAAUGAUUUUCUUUGUCUGGCAAUUAAGUAGUCCUGUAUUCCUGCACAACAAUAAAAGAAAAUUUAAAAAAAAAAAAUCGGUUUGAAAUGUUUGUGGAUAAAUUUAAGCCCAGCUCCCUUGUUUUAAUAACAUCUUCAUUGAAGUAUGCAUAAAAGUGUGUAUUUUAAAUUUGCUAUAAAUUAAUAUUAAGCAAUAACGUCAAUUAGAAAACACUGAACUGACGAAUUUUCGCAUUAUGGAAACCAAUUUAUGAAAUUUUCUUAACAAAACAAGAAGUUCCAUAAUUUUCCUUAAAAUAUUUUCUUUAUAGCCGGAAACCUAAACUAUAUAUAUUUUAGUUUUUCUGUAUGUACAGUUAUAAAUUUUUUUUUAAAAUUAUUACGUCACAUUUUGUUGAAGUUAGCUCCCCCCGCUGAACCCGGGCUAACCUCAACUAAACAUUAAACGUCUUCAUGAUAUAAGUUGUUUUUAAAAAUGGCUGACAUUUUAUCGCUGAAAGAAUCGGUUUUGGUGUACUUAGACAGAAGCGGUGGUCUUAAGAAACUUUGCGAAAACUGCAAACAUUUUAACGGCACACAGCAGACCGAGGCGGUGUACAGGUUUUGUAUAGGUGUUAAUCCCGCCGAUGUGCUGGAGCUGGAUCCUGUACUGGGGGACUGUGUUCUCCAUGACCCCCUGAAAGCCACGGCUUUGUUUCAGUCUGUUUGUUUCCUGGCUAUAAAGACCCUUUCACUUAUUGAAAAAAUACACAUGGAGAGUCAGGUGAAUGUUAUUUUGAAGUUCACACACCUGCCUCCAUUCCCCGAGUACACACUGGACCUUUCCAGUUUUCCUCGUUUAUGUCGCCCUUUGAGGCCUGUCUCCAUGGAGGGCCUGGUCAUUUCCAUGACAAGGGUCACAAAGUACACCCAGGGGGCGAGGUUCCUCUGCACUGAUGAUGACUGCCCCUGCUCUACAGGUUUUCACCACAUUCGAGUGCACGCACCCGGAGCAACGGAGUCAGCCACAGUGAGAAACGACUUCAGCUGCAUGAUGUGCAGCUCCCAAUUGAAAGAGGAUGUGAAGUUUAGAGUUUUAGGAGACAAGCAGCUGGUGGAGCUGAUCCAUGUCAAAGCACUGGAUGUUCUAAGAGGCCACGAGCAAAGCUCAAUGAGAUACCAGUCUGUUACUCUGUUUCUCAGAGACGAGCUGUGUAACUCCAUGAGAAUCGGGCGAUAUUACCGGGUGUUGGGCAUUCCUGCACAUGUGCACCAGUGGCCCAACAUUACCUGGAGUGUGGAGGCAAAUAGUGUCCAGCCGUGGGAACCAGUGUGUGACUGUAAAGUCAGCGCCCGCUUCCAGGAGCUGUUGAAGGGAACGGCCUCGUCUCCAUGGAGGUUCUCCGCAAUUGUAGCUCACUGCUUUGGGUUGGACGUGGCUCCUCUAGGCUUGUACGACACUCUGAAGCUGAGCUUGCUGCUUAGCUUGGUGCAGACGAGAAUAGAUGAAAAGGACACGUUUCACAACUUGGAUCUCCUUGUUGUCACCACUGACACGCUUAUACUCGACAGAUUGAUGACAUACAGCUUGAGUUUGGCCUAUCGUGGGAUCAGGCAUCAGGCCACGGGGGAGAUGUUCGCAUGCCUGUCCCGGGAUGAACAUGGGGCAGGUACUGCUAACAUCCAUGCUGGUUCUGUCCUGCUAGCCACUGGGGGUGUUUGCCUGUUGGGAGAUCUGAGCUAUUACAGAAAGGACAAGUUGGAUUCCAUUAAGUCAGUUAUGGAGACCCGCACACUAUCAGUGUUCAUCCCUGGAAAGAAAUAUGGUGAGGAUGCAGACCAGCAGCUUUCUUUUCCAGUCCAGUGUAGCUUCUGGGCCGCCACAGACUCCUCCCGUCGAUCUGGGAGGGCAGACUGUGGCGCACUGGGAGCAGCAGAGAUGGGUGCUGUACCAGCUCAGUUGGCAGAUGCCUUUGGCCUUGUCAUUGAGUGUAGAGACAGGGUUGGAGAGCAGGCCCUGCUUGCCCAGACUGUCCACACCCUCCAGCAUGCAGUACAGUCUGGAAAACCCCAUGACCCACCCUGCUGGGAGUUUUCCACUGAAGACUAUCAGGAGCUGGUGGCCCAUGCACAACGUUUGCAAGUGGAGCUCAGCCCUGCAGCAGAGAAAAUAAUCCAUGGUUACUACAUGGCGAGCCGCAGAGUGCGAUCACAGGGUCAGGGUGUCAACAUGUCUGUGGCCUCUAUCAAGCUGCUGAUCUCUUUGGCUGAGGCCCAUUGCAAGCUAUGUCUCAGAACUCAAGUACUAGAGCAGGAUGCUGUGAUCGCUGUACUCCUUUGUGAAAGCUCAGUCUCACUCAAGCAUGGCGCCUCUGCUCUCAUUAUUCCACCCGAUCCAGUGUUUCCUUGUGAUCUGGGAGAUGUAGAUGGUUUGUGCAAGCGAGACGCUGCUCUGGAUGAGCUCCAUCAGCUUAUCUUACGGUUCAUCUACACCAACGCACCUGGAGCAGACACAUACAUUACAGAAGAGUGAAGCCUCUCUAGGUUGUUUAACAAAAUGCAGGUAGGCAACACAAGAUUAAACUCCUUUAUUUUUACAUUUCAAAUCUGUACGCUGAUCAAAUACAACCAAACAAAUAAAUACGUGCUGAAUGCAGAUAAAAAGAUGGAUUACCCAAAAUCUGAAUCCAGUACAUGUUUAAAAAUAUUGCAUGCAAGAUUAAAUAACCAAAAUACACUUAAGAUAUUUUUUCUUGCAGACAAAUCCCCCCACCAAUUGUGCAUAUCAAAAAAAGAAAAGAAAACAACUAUCCAUUUUUAAAUUGUAAGCACGAAGGGGGGGGAAAAAAACUAAGCUCAAUGUGGCAUGUGCAGGUCUGAAAAACCAAAGUGACAGGGCUAGAACCUGUUACUUACCUUUCAAUUGUGGCCACUCUGUGUACUCCCAGGUCAUUCAAGUGUUUCCAAAACCUUGCACAUCUAACAAAUAUACAGUAUAUAGUCAGUCAAAUGAGAAUAAAUGAUUUAUGUGGGUUUAAAAGUAAUUUUAAGUUCAGUUAGUCACAUUCUCAGCAGCCCAUUUUGGUCUGAUGGGUAAACGGCGAAAAAGUGAACUCAUCAUUACAAGUUACAUCAGCAGACAUACCAGUGAAGUAAGCUGGCCAUUUAUGCCUCUUUUACACUAGUAACUACUCACCUCGACUCGACUCUGUUUCAGACGCUUUCCAUUGCAAUUGAGUCCUAAAAUGUGCUUGCAGUCGUUAUAGCAACGCAUCUGAAAGUCCAGUAACGACAUCUGUAUGUGACAGAAACACCACAAUGUUUGUUUCUAUGAAGCCAUUUCUGUCAUUGCCAGGUUUCAAAAAUGGAAGAAGUCACUUUCUUGACUUACUGAGUGACACUACUGACUGGCCAAUUAGUGGUAUUCUGUCUGUUGACGUCAUAUUUUUGGACUGGAAACCCGGCUGGGUAGGUACUAAAAAUGUACCUGAUCCCAGGUACUACCACGUAAUGGAAACCCCUAAAAUCCCAGUCUAGCCAAGGCGUGCCAAGUAGGUACUAGAGGAAAAGGGCUAUUAGAAUCCCAGCUCCUGAAUACACCAGUCUACUACUGGCUUUACUUACCAGGAAAGGCAUGAAAUCACUGCCAGUCACUGUGUAGCUCCAUUACUGCUGAUGCUGUUUAUCUGCAGAAUUAACAAUACACAGUGUAAUUUUAGAUACAGGUAAUGUAGAAAUAAUAGGCUCAAAACUGAAGAAUUUCAGAGGUCAACUGAAAUCAGAUUAACAAAAGAACAAAAUUGCUAAAUGGAAAGUAAAUGCCAAGUUUGGCAAGAUGAAAUUUUCUGGCUAUGUGUGAAACUAUUACUGUAUUAAAUAAAAACUGGGGUAAACUAUGUGACACAAAGGCUGCAGCUGGUAAUUCAGUAGUCACAAAUCUCACCACUUAAUUGUCUGAUGGGUAAACGGCGAAAGAAGUGAACUCAUCACUAUUCCAGCUGCAGCUAUAGAAUAGCUGCCGCAAAGCAAAUUAAUAUAACUUGUUGUUUGGGAAUCAUUAACCACUGAAUCAGUAUGAGCAGACAAGAUUUGCAACAAUUACUGCAGUUACUCAUUUUUCCAUUUUACUGUUGUGAAACCACUAACCUGUCCUCAGGGAAAGGAGACAAAGGAUUAGGCAUCUCGUGCCUCUCCUGCAACCACAGCAUGAGACCUGAAGCAAAAUAAACCACUGACAUGAACUUCCUGAAAAUCUCUUCAUACAAAUCAAAUAUGAGGCUGUCUGAUGUUAUGCUGGCUAUUCAGUUAGUCACAGUUUCACCAUGUUAUUGUCUGACGGGUAAACGGCAAAAAUGUGAUCUCAUCACUAUUCCAGCAGCUGGACUGAGCUACAGUUAAACCAAAACUUAAAUAUGGUCAAAUAUUUCAGCUCUCACCUUAAAGGGUCAACACAGUGAAGACAUCAGGUUAUUUGCAGCAGCAUAGCAUCUGAAAU